ACAAACACCUACACGAUGUCUAUUUCACAAUCAAAUAAACAGUUUCCAUCAUCUUGCCGUAAUUCAAAUCAAACAAUCUAAGCUUCGGCAAGUCCAGUAGAAACAAUGGCCGGUCGCGGGAAAGCCCUCGGUUCCACAGCUGCGAAGAAGGCAGUGUCACGUAGCAGUAAAGCCGGACUCCAGUUUCCCGUCGGUCGUAUCGCCCGUUUCCUGAAAGCCGGAAAGUACGCUGAGCGCGUCGGUGCCGGUGCUCCGGUUUAUCUAGCCGCCGUCCUCGAGUAUCUCGCCGCUGAGGUUCUGGAAUUGGCCGGAAAUGCGGCAAGGGAUAACAAGAAGACCAGGAUUGUGCCCAGGCACAUUCAAUUGGCCGUGAGAAACGACGAGGAGCUUAGCAAGCUGCUUGGAGAUGUGACGAUUGCUAAUGGAGGAGUGAUGCCCAACAUUCACAACCUCCUUCUUCCUAAGAAGACUGGCGGUAACUCAAAGGUCGCAGAUGAGGAUUAGAUGAAAGUUAUGGAGUUUGAUCUUCUUGAGUGCCGAGUUGUUUGUGCUUUUAUGUUUAAAAAAAGAGAAAUUGUAGCAGUACAAUAGAAUUUAGGUGUUGUAGUUUUGUAUGUGUUCAUGCGAAUGUAAAUGGAGUUCAAACUCUGUUUAGCUGUUACAAUUGAUGAAUAUAAUCCACUGUUGCAGGAUUUCUCACGUAUUCUUGACAUGUUCUUUCUCAUGUGUAUUUUUUACGGAGUUCAAACUCUCCUUUUCCUUUCUUUUCCUUUUUUUUUGUGAUAUCAGUACAGAUUCAUGCUAGAUGAUCCAAUAUCUUUUGGGAUUAAGUAUUGUAUGUUGUUGCUGUUGUUGUGAUGAUCCUUUAGGCAAUGCGUUGAAUCUGUCAUUUAAAGUUCCGUGUUUAUAUGGUCUGCAGCAUGCAUAGUUUGAGAAAAUGAAAUCUACACUAGAUAGCAAGAAUAUGGACAUUGAUUUUUAA